AAGGAAGACCACAGUGGACUAAUGACAGAGAUAGGGGAUGGUCGGAUGACGUCACAAGCUGCAGCUUCAAGGAGGUUUAAACGAGAGUAUCAGUCUGUUCUUCAUACUGCUUCGUACCCUGCACUCGCGAUAAAAACCAACGCCGGCAGUUCGUCUCCCAUGACAGUAGCUUGUAAACCGUCGCGUGGAAUGGAUCUGUGUUUUUCCUUCGUAAAUGUGCAAGUACAAAAUUGACUAAUCUGCUACGCUAAAGAAAAACUUAUCUUGUCCGUGCAUCAGCGUCCGAACGAAUUUAAACGAUUCCCGUCGGCUCGUAAAGUCGUGUGUUUUUUUAUAAAGCCGCCGUAGUAACCUAACCAAGUGUUGUGUGUCAUAUACCAUUCGAACGAAAAUGGUGCUUUCGGAAUGUUAUGGGUUCGUCAAGUAUGCACUGGUCUGCGUCAACCUCAUAUUUUGGGCGGUGGGUUUAGCAGGAGUGGUCCUGGCUGCGUGGCUGCUAACGGAUCAGACGUUCCUGAUGUCCCUCGCCCAGGAACAGCACAACUUCUACAAUGGCCUCUACAUCCUGCUGGCCGCUGGGAUCCUCAUGUUGAUAGUCGCCUUUCUGGGUUGUUGCGGCGCCUUCCGUGAAUCUCAAUGCAUGCUGGUUGCUUUCUUCAGUUGCCUCCUCGUGGUUAUCGUCGCGCAGAUCGCGGCUGGGGCAUGGCUCCACUACAACAGCAAUAGCCUCGAGGGCCUGGUCAAGUCUUCCGUGAUAAAUACCGUUAAGAACAAAUACGGCGUGGAUAAUUCCCAAACACAGGCUGUAGACGCUUUUCAAUCUGGCCUUGGAUGCUGCGGAGCUACUGGCCCAGCAGAUUGGGCAGGAAGCAAAUACGCCACCAAGGAUCGCUCGAUGCCUGUCAGCUUGACCGUAUCCGAUGACGGAAACAACAUAUACAAAGUACCCGAAUCAUGCUGCAAGGAUAAAGACAGUACCGCUUGCAAAUUAUCUCAGAAUAUCAAAGUUGCCAGCGAAAUUAAUCCAGCAAUUUACAACGAGGGUUGCAUAGACAAGCUGAUGGAUGUACUGAACAGCCAGAAGAACGUCGUUAUCGGCGUUACAGCUGGAGUCGGCAUCUUGGAACUUCUUGGAUUGAUAUUCUCCCUGGUGUUGUGCUGCGCGAUCGGCUCUUCCGACAGAUACAAGGCUUAAAUCGAACACGCGUCCUGGACAUCGAUAUAGAAUCUUUCCUUACAUCACAUAUCGUCGUGUCCCAGUCUUCUAAACAGGUAGCCGCGAUUCGAUCUCCGUGCCAAUUCGAAUAAGUCUUACACAUCUCUGUCUCUACAGUUUAACUGAAACGAGAAAGAACGUUCUUAAGUCUGAUCACUGAAAUGUCAGGUAACUCGGACUGUCUUUAAGAGAUGGACAAAUUUCUUGUCUAGAUAAAACUGUCUAAUGAAAAAUAAAAGAUAAACAUCUUAAUUAGGAAAUUCAAUUAUAUUUUACUUUGAACGAAUAAAAGCUAAUGUAAGUUGAAAAUACAGUGAGUGUAGAAAGUAUUCAUACACCGAUCAAUUUCCAAAAAACAACUAUGUAAAAUUGUAAUUCAUUAACUUAUUUUUUUAUAAUCAAUGAUAUUUUACAUAUUUUUUGGAAACCUCUAGAAUAAAUAGAGUACAAAAAAAUAGCUAUAUAUGUAAAUUUCGAAAUUAACAAUAAAAAAAGAAUUAAUCGAUAGAAAUAUUGAAGCAAUAAAUAUUCGCAUAGCUGUUUAAUUUUUAAAACUUAAAUUAACUAAAUUAUUAAUUAUUCGAAGUGGGAUCUUCUUCCAUUCCUUUAUUAGAGCCUUUUUUAAAAGUACUUUACUGAAAAUUUGAUGUUUUCUAAUGUUUCUAAUGUUUACAAACUCAACUGUGAAUGGUUCGUCAUAAGAAUCGUACAAACACUUAUUGCUUCUAUACUUUUAACUACUUUUGCCAUUUUUUUGUUUUUGUUAAUUUCACAAAUUAUAUUAACUAGUAAAUGUUGUUUGGGCCAUGUCUAUCUUAGAGAUUUCCGAAAAUAUAUAAAAUAUUAUUGAUAAUAAAAAAAGAAGUUAAUAAACUACAAUUUCACAGAAAAGUUUCUUGGGAAAUUGAUCGGAGUACAAAUACAUUCUACACCCACUGUAAGUCACUAUACAGUGUUUCCAUUUGUCAAUUGUUAUUCGAAUCAAAUUUUGCCCAUCUCUGUUUUAACCCUCUAUAACUCGAAUUAAGUUUGCUCUGUACAAUGCGGAUUUUUCAAAAGAAGGCAGCCUAGUUGUUCUUUCAUAGAGGGUUAAUCAGCCGAAAUUAAAUUUCUUGCAUCGACAAUGUCCCGAUACAGUUUCAGUAUUCAUUAACGUAUAUUGUCCGAGUUUUGGAUAUUCUAUUACGAUUCUGCACAAAGAAAACGACAGUUUUUGUACCAACAUAUUAUACACGUUUGUAAUUUUCUUUUAUAUCGAUAUCUGUCCUUUUUUAAGCAUAUAUUAGAUGCUCACUGAGAGACCGAAUUUAUUUUUCAUUGUAUCGACAUUUACAAAGUCAGAACAAAAAUGUUCCCUUGAAUUCGAUAUCGAAGGUGUUGUAUAGGAACUAGAUUUGUUUCUUACUGCCAGAUGCACUUUUCGUCUACGUCUCCUUCCAUGCUAAAGACUUACACGAACGAACAUUUAAUGUUUUACAGAGUACCUAUAUGAUUUACAUUUUUUGUUAGGCCAAAGUAGUAGACCAAACUAACGUUAAUGUGUUAAAGAGAGUGAAAGAGUGGGAGUGGAUGAGUUUUGAGAUUUGUAUGAAUAACAAGGAACCGACAAUUCUUCUUGUUGCAACUGGUAUAUUUGCAAGGGAACCGUGUACAGUUUUAUUUAAGUAUAUUUUAGUCUCGUAUUUCGUUCAACUAAAUUUGUUCAGCUCUCUAAACUGCCAUGCGAUACUUACCGUUAAAAUAUUUUCUACGCGACAAAUUGAUAUUACGUGUCAUUUUUUAUUCGCUUUUAUUAAGAAAGAAUACUCCUAUGGUAUAAUUAAAAUUAUACUGUUCUGUUCCCCAAGUAUACCAGUUCCAAUACGCGUACAUGCAUCUAUAGAAAUAAAUGAAUAUAUAUUAAAGAUGCACCAAGAAGAUGAAUCUGAUAAUUAAUAAUAUUGAUGUCCAAAUGAGAUUAUAUUAUUGUAAGAACGCUAUCAAGAGGUUUCGUCUCUUGUGGCAUUAUAGUCUAUCCAUGUUAUCUUUAAAGUAAAAGAGAGUGGCAAACUUUUAAGAGGGAGGACAUAGCUAAACGGAAGCAACUAAUUUUAUAAGACUAACUCGUCAUUAUGAAAAUUCGUGUGAUCUAUUUUAUUGGUAUUCGACGCUUUGAGGAUGCAAUAUUUUUUUAAGAAAGUGUCCUGACUGGACAAAAAUUAUUUGGCAGCGAACGAUUUCGGAACGGGAGCCUUUUGUUAGCAUACUCGUGAAAGUUACGAAGAAUAAAAAUUUAACGACGUAUUACAGAAUCGCUGCUGUUAAGAUGAAGAUCUUCGUCCUUAAAGAGUUAAAAUAUUCUGGUAAAAUGUAUUUCGGUGUAACGAAUAAGAGCUGCUUUUGGAAUAGUUGUGUCUUAUAGAAGUGAUCGAUAUAUAUUUGACGGUGAAUGUUUCAUAGAUUAUCUAUAACUGUAGCGAAUGGGGCAGAUAUGUUUAUUAAUUGUUCUUCAAAUAUUCAUCGUCAAAUGAUUUAGCAUAGACUAAAGAGAAAUGGAUCUUUGCAUAUACUGUACCUUGGUAACGAGUAUGGUACAAACAAAAAUUGCUGAAAUAUUUGAAUUCUCUUUCUUCAUGAGUGUUCCAAAUCAAAAUGUACGGAGUAAAGACCAUAGCUUCUAGUCUGUAAAGGUUGAAUUCCUAAUUUAUCAGAUUUAUUUUGUUUUAAGAUUAACAUGUUCCUUUCCAGUUUCUUGAUGCACCAUUUGAUUAAGAAAAUAGCGCAUUGUACGAUCUUAAAGCUGUUUACGUAAAUCAAUUUUGGUAAAGCAAACUGUAAAUGGCGAGCAACAUGUUAAACAAACCGUUUUGCUGUAACAUUAUUAUUUUACACGUGUCCCUUUUUGUACGUGAUGCGAAGAUAACACUGUACACUGUUCGUUGCACGUGUAAACAGUGUAUAUUGUAAUUUUUAUUAACCAGAAAUUCUUGAGUUUACGUAGAAAUUGAAAUUCAUUCCGUAGAAGUUAAUCGAUCGUAUUUUACACGUGUUGCAAUUAAAUGUUUUCUAACUAUUGUCUGUAUUCGUUUGUGAUCAUAGCAUUCAAGAAAUUCUGGUUAUGGACAUAGAUAAUCAUCUGUACGCAUAUAUAUAUCUGAUGUUAUGUAUGUAAAAUAAUACGAUUUAAGGAUAUAGAUGGGGAGGAUAUCGGGGAGAAAGAAAAGGAACGCCCGGCGAGCAACUUGCAAGGUGAUAAUUUGAUCGCUAUAAUUAAGGGUUUUUAUAGUUUUCAAACGUUAAGAAACUUUGCAAGUCGCAAAGUUAUUUCGUCAAUUAUCAUACGUUUGCGACGUAUGUUAAGUUUUCUGUAAGAUGAGUUCCAAAAAUUUGUUCGACGUAGUCGAUGUUUACGUGGUACUUUGUUACUGCUUGAACGAUCUCCGCUCGAAAAUUAUUAGACUAUAAGUUAACUCUUCGUAAGUGAAUUAAGUACCAGUGAGCACAGGAAUUUUCACUUUCCCGAACUGUAUUUGUAUAUUGGGUUGUCCAAAAAGUUCGUGCCAAUUUUUAAGAAAAAUUCAAAGGCUCAUUUGAAAUUUGAUAUAAAUUUAUUGAAUUAUAUUAGUAUCAUAUUGUUCCACAAGCUUUCCACCUGUUAAGGGAUGUACACAUAUUAUUUGUUUUCAAUUGUUUCAAUAUAUUCAUACCUGUACCACCCACCAAAAAUCGGCAUGGAGUUUCUAGACAAACCAAUACUUUCAUUUUUACAGAAGUUAUGGAGUUUUUGAACCAACGAGAAAGAUAAGAUUUAAAGUUACAAACAUUUUAAAGUUCAGUGGAUGUAAAAAGUAUUCGUACACCGAUCAAUUACAAAAAAAACUAUGUAAAAUUGUAAUUUAUUAACUUAUUUUUUGUAAACAAUGACAUUCUACAUAUUUUUUCGAAAUCCCUAGAAUAGAUAGAGUACAAACAAAAUAGCUAUUUAUGUAAGUUACGAAAUUAACAAAAAAAAAAAAACAAUUUUUUUCCCCUGUCUGUUUUAUGUUGAAGAAAUGUUGAAACAAUAAGUAUUGGCACAACUGUUUAAUCUUUAAAACUUAAAUUAACUAAAUUAUAAGUUAUUCGAAGUGGGAUCUUCCAUUCCUCUAUUAUAAAGCCUUUUUAAAAGUACUCUACUGGAAAUUUGAUGUUUUCUACUGUUUCUAAUGUUUACAAACUCAACUGUCAAUGGUUCGUCAUAAGAAUCGUACAAAUACUUAUUGCUUCUAUACUUUUAACUACUUUUCGCAUUUUUUUGUUAAUUUCACAAAUUAUAUUAACUAGUAAAUGUUGUUUAGACUAUGUCUAUCUUAGAGAUUUCCAAAAAUAUAUCAAAUAUCAUUGAUAAUAAAAAAAGAAGUUAAUAAACUACAAUUUCACACAAAAGUUUUUUGGGAAAUUAAUCGGAGUACAAAUACAUUCUACACCCACUGUAUGUAUAUUAAAGAUUACUAUGUUAUUUGAAGAAAAUUUUAAACUAAGGUCCAAAGCUAAAUAGGUUGAUACCUAAAAUGUUCCAAAUGAUUAAUAGAUGAUUGUGUCGUUCAGUUACCGAAUUUUACGAUAUCUUUAAAUAACAUUCUUACUGUAUUUCAUGCGCUGCGAUAUUAAUACAACUCAAUUGCACUUUGUUUUACAAAAAUAGGGAAUCUCUAAGAAGCUAAGAACUAACAAAUGUGAUCGCUAUUACACACGCAUUGUCUUUGUACAAGUAUGUUGAUUCGCGUAAAUUACGUAGGUUUUGUGCUUGCACGAUUUAUCUUACAGAAAGAACGAAACAAUACGAGCGAUGGUUAGAUUUUGCGAGGAAAACACGUACAAGAAAAAAGAAAAUGAUAUAUUUGAAAACUGUUUGGAAAUAUGAGUUUAGCGUCUGUUGCAUGGAUGUUAUAAAAAAAAAAGAAAAGUAAAUUCUAGUAUAUUCACAAAGUACAUGAGACAUCAUCACUCGUAUAAUGUUCUUCGUUUUGAUAUUAAUAUAUUUAUAUACACUUACAUAAACAUAUAUAUAUACAUGUAUAUACAUAUUUUCUUACUGAUUUUUGAGCAAAAUAUUUUCAUUGUCACUGAUUUCAUCGUCAAUUCUUUUUGAACAUGCUUAUACCCAUCUUACAUUAUAUCUUUUGCCAAAACGAAACAGUAUGGUCCGCCGACUAUAACAUAAUUCUGUAAUCUGUUAAAUAUUAAGAUUAUGUAAUAAAAUUAAUUUUUUCGGAUUAUCUGUAGGAGGUCCACUCUGUCCUGUGCACUUUUCAAUAUUUACGCAAUAAUUGAACGCUAUCUUAUUUGGCAUAUUUUACGAAUUUAAAAAAAAACAGAACAAAACACUACACAUCUAACAUCCAUAUACACGAUUUCCAAGUGUACGUUUAUUUGCAACUUAUGUAUGAUACGCAAGUAAAUGUUACAAAAAAAAAAGAUGUUCAAAGAGUUCAAUAUACAUUUAACGUAAUCA